AUGAACAAAGCUUUAAAAUAUCUCAUGUUGCCUUUAGACAAUUUUCCACGACUCUGUCUUACCGCAUUCCUCUUUAACUUUGCGAGUUAUUUUUAUUGGCUUGUAGUACCUUUGAUGUGUGUUGAUCAAGGAGGUUCAACACUCGACUUAUCUUUAUUACAAACAGUUGCGUUUGUAAUUUACUCGAUUCUCUCGCCGUUCUGUGGGAAACUUGGAGAUGUGUUUAACUCGUUCAUCAUCAUCCGUGUUGCAAUGUGUUUCUUUGUAGCUGCUGUUGCCGUAAUAUUGAUAUUCCCACGUACGUUCUUUGUUCUGUACAUAUCAGUCGCGUUGUGGCCUUUCUGCACAUCGUGUUAUUGGCCCAUUACAACGGGGACGUGUGGUUUAGAGGCUGAACUUGGGUGUGAGAAUCGAAAUGCUUCUUUGUAUCAAGUGUCGUGGUCUAUAGGUAAAUCACUUGGAUUUUUGUUGGGUGGGAUACUGAAAGGAGCCCUUGGAACAAAUGCGCUGUACAUUUGUAUUGCCAUUGUUGCUGUGAAUAUGGUCAUAUACCCAUAUCGUCAUCCAAAGAAGUUAAGAGAGCGAUUAGCUAAAGAAAAGGCCGAGAAGACCAAAACAAAGAAAGAUGUGAAAGUUGAAGUGACGUUGGAGAAGAAUACAACACCAUCAAUCAAAGAAGACCACCCACUUAAUAUCGCAGCAAGCAGUCCAUUUGCCCCAACACAUCAAAGCGAAACAACUGAUGUUGAAAUUCCAACGGAGGUCUUACACCAACUAAAUGGAGAACAACCACCUGAAACGCCCAUUGAAGUUCCAACCACUAAAACAGUUGACGACUCGAAUUUGAGUGACUUACAAAAGCUGAAAUUGAAAUGGAAUUCGUUGGAUCUUAAAAAUAAGACUUACAUCUACAUUGGAUAUAUCUUACAACUUGGGAUCUAUGGGACUUCUGCAAUAUUAACAAAUUCGUACGUCAAGUUGGCGCAAGACAAAGAUAUCACUAUUCCAAUCGGAUCGAAUCCCCUCGAAAUGUAUAUUGGAAUCACUUUCUUCUUCUAUUUCAUCGCACAGACAAUCGUUAUGAUUUGUAUGUCUUUCACAACAAUAUGGAUUUAUAUGAGAAGUUUGAUCUUUUUGGUCCAACUCUUCUAUUUAGCUUUUCUGUUUUGUUUGUCGAUGAGUUCACAGCCGUAUGUGAAUUGGGUCUUAGCCUUCUUUGGAGGGUUAGCGGGUGGGUUUGCGUAUCAGACGUCAACAUAUUACUCGAUGAGAGCAAGUGAGUCGAGCAAAUCGAUGUUUGUUGGGAUAUCUGAGUGUAUAGGUGGUCUUGGAAAUGCACUUCUUCCAUUAUUCAGUGGCCUUCUCUGCACUUUCAUGUCCGACAAUUACAUUCAGAUCUACAUUUCUAUUAUCUUCGUCUUAUUCUGUUGCAUUGCCGAAGAAAUAGUGUACCACUCCGCUCAUUUCAUUAAUGAGAAGCGACAAGAAAAAAGAAUCGAUCCAAAGGAUGUUGUCGCACACCAUUCACCCGAAGUUCAAAUUGAGCUCGCAGACAACGCCAAAGAAGACAAAUAA